CCUGCACCAGACCCUGCCUUGGCUUCAAGAUGUCUUCGUCCCGCCAGGAGCCCCAGCCUGGAGACCUGAUUGAGAUUUUCCGCAUUGGCUAUCAGCACUGGGCCAUCUAUGUGGGAGACGGCUACGUGAUCCAUCUGGCUCCUCCAAAUGAGUACCCCGGGGCUGGCUCCUCCAGCAUCUUCUCGGUCCUGACCGACAUGGCGGAAGUGAAAUGGGAGCGCCUGGAGGACGUGGUGGGGAAUUGUAACUACCGGAUCAACAACAGCUUGGACCGAGAGUACAUACCACGGCGUGUGGAGGUGAUCAUUGAGGCUGCAAAGAGUCAGGUUGGGGAGAAGCUAAAAUAUAAUCUUGUGAGGAGGAACUGUGAGCACUUUGUGACCGAUCUGAGAUAUGGCAAACCUCGCUCCAAGCAGGUGGACAAGGCCAAGAUUGGUGCAGGUGUGACCACAGCCUUGGGAGUGCUGGGUUUGUUUGGAUACGCUGUUGUGAGAAGUAGACGCCAAAACCAGUGACAACUUGGAGCAGCCACAAAAUCCCUUGUAGAAGCAGCUAUGACCAUUCCAGCAAAGACAGGCCUGGCCCCUGCUCUCUUUCUCUGGCUCUCUCAGGCUCUGUUCCUCUCUCGCUUUCCUCUCUCACUGACUCAAGCAUGUUCUAAUUAUAACAAGACCUAAGAAUCAAUAAACGCUUCCACCGUG